AUGGCGCGUCGCGUUCCUCUCGAUCUUCCAGAAGAAGCUAUCCGUGUGAUCAAGGGGGACGGAGGAGUCAUUCUCACCGGCUUCACUUCAGCAAGCCAAGUCGAACAAGUAAACCAGGAUGUCAACGAAAUUCUGACGAAAAGAAAGAGUGAUGAGGCAUUCAAAGCCCUUUACAAUGGGCGGAUUUACUGCGGUCUUCUGUACGGCCUCAGUGAGACAGCACGAGAACAAUGGACUUUAGACCACAAUCUCCAAUCGAUUGUCAAUCACUUUCUCCAGACAGUGAACGCUCCUGAGGUGGAUAACAACAGUACGCCAGCACGCAGCACUAACGCCAUUCUAUCUCAAGCAAACAGCAUCCUCACCCUUCCAGGGGCUGCCGGACAGGCCCUGCACCGUGACGACAGCAUAUGGCAAAAGGUACACCGCAGCCAGGAGGAGUCGGGGUACUGCUUGGGAUCGGAUCUGGGGAUUGCAUUAUUGGUGCCAGGGGUUCAGACAACUCGUGCGAAUGGAGCCACGUUGUUUGUCGCCGGGUCCCACCUCUGGGGCGACUCGCGGGAAGCUACCAAUGACGAAAUCCGACCUGUGGAGAUGCAGCCGGGGGAGGCUUUCCUCUUUCUGGGUUCCGCGCUCCAUGGAGGAGGGGCUAAUUCCACUCAGAUUCCGAGACUGCUGCAUGCUGUUUUCUUCUGCCGCUCAUGGGUUCGGCCGGAGGCGAAUGAGUUUGCAUGGUGGACGGAGGAAGAGGUGCAGAAAUGGUCAGUCGAUGCGCAGAGGCUGGCGGGUUAUGUUACGGAUAAGAUGCUGGGCAUUUGUGAUGACGGCGAUCCCAUCGACGCGCUGCGACGUCACCGGUCAAAAUGA